AUGGCCGACCCAGAACAGAACGCCCCUCUUCCAGUGGGACAUCAAUCCGCCGCUCCCCAAUCCGUCAUUGCCCAGCAUGUCUCAAACCAAGUCCUCGCCCAGAUAGCAUUGCAGCAGCAGACGGCAGCCGCAGCCGCCUCGAGAAAGGCAGCGAGCACGCCCUCUGCUCCUCCCUCUUCGAAACUUCCCACUCUUGUCGAAGCGUCACACGUCAAUGCCCUCAAUGAAGCCACGGGACCUUCUCCGACCGGUCUGCCAAGCAACAUGGACUCGGCUCUCAAUGCCGCUUUGGCGGGCAUGUCUGCACCUCAGCGAGCCCUCGCUCAGGCUCGCAGCGCAGGCUACGGUCAGGCGAUUAUUGAGCUCGCAAACGACGAAUUCAGGCAACGAUGGGAGCGACUCUGUCUCAGUCCGCUCGAAGAGGAUGAUCAGCAGCAGCAGCCAGGCGCCUCAUCAUCACAGGGAUACCCGACUCCAUCUAUGAUGCCCUCUGGCGCAGCUGUACCACCUGAAGCUGGCGGGAGACCAUUCUCACGCAGCUCGAGCCGCCUUGGCAUAGCGGCCGAAGCCAACGGAUCAACCCAAGGCAGUACCGGUCCCUGGUCAGAAAAGCUUCGCAAGCGCGUCCUUCAGAUCCGCGAAGCUGAGGAAUGGCGAAAGGCGCCCAUCUUCCGUCGAACGGAGCUCAAUCUGACCAACUUAGACGACUCAGACGGCAUCAUGGCUUUGGCGCCCUCAUGGCUGGAGCUCGACUCGCCCGACGAAGGCAUCAGGCUUGACUCGGAGAUCGCGCUGCAUGCCUUGAUCACCUACGCAUCAUACCUGAGCAUUUCGACUUUCAUACUGCCGCCGCCAUCAAGCGAUCCAUCACGGCGUCACCUACUGCCUCACUACGCAAGGGCAAUCAGUGCCGCGCUUCAUUCUGGGCCUGGACGCGAAGGGGCGCCAAGUGCUGGGAGCUGGAUGACCUUGGUAGUCCGGCUGCCGAUCUCGUCGCCUCAUUCCCUUGCGCAAAUUCUAGCAUCACGAUCAGCAGGCUCUGUCGCCUCGUCAUCCGCGGGUGGGCCCAGUGGCAGCGGUACAGGGGCAGGAGGAGCAGGCAGCAACAGUCUUCGCGCCUCAGAUGACUGGGCCUUUGAAGCCUGGAGCCAGAUCCGACACCUGUGCGGGUAUCAUACUCGCCUGCAGCUCCUGCUUGACCUUUCCAUGCCCCUUCCCUCGUCCGCCGGCCUCUCGAGAUGGAAAGCAGAGCCCGUCUCUCAUAUCUGGCUGCCCGCCAGCUCCUACCUCAGCAACGCGAAAGGCUUUCCCGUCCUCAGCAAAGCGACCCAGUCACUCAUCCGAAACCUACUCACCAAGUCUCCUAAACCCGUAAUAGUCCUCUCGGGGACGCAUGAUCCUCCACCUCAGCACACGCGAGGAGGCCCGCAGGCCUAUCUCGAAUAUCUGCGCCACCUAGAGCGAACUGCGCCACCAGAAGAUGCAGUGGCCAUCUUCGCACGUGGAUACGCUGACUGGCUUCAAGCGCCUCUCCAGCCGCUGAUGGACAACCUCGAAGGCGCAACCUACGAAGUAUUCGAGCGCGAUCCAGUCAAGUACGCUCUGUACCAGGAAGCGGUGAAGCAAGCCCUCCUCGCCCGCCCAGCAGGGCAAAUCACUCUCAUCUGGGUGUGUGGCGCAGGUCGCGGCCCGCUCGUAUCACGAUGCUUAGCCGCAGCAGCUCAGGCGGGCAGAGCGGUCAAGAUCAUUGCGCUCGAGAAGAACCCGUCCGCACUGAUCACGCUGCAGGAGAAGCAAGUGAAAGAGUGGGGAACAGACAGAGUAGAGCUGCGAUUCGGGGACAUGCGUACUGCGGACCGGCCGAUGAGAGAGGACGAGCGAGCGGACAUUCUCGUCAGUGAGCUGCUCGGCUCGUUUGGCGAUAACGAGCUCAGCCCAGAGUGCUUGGACGGCGGAGUGCGCUUCCUCAAGAAGGGCGGCAUUUCCAUUCCGGCAUCGUACACGUCGUACGUCACGCCGUUGAGCUCGGCGAAGCUGCACGCUGAGGUGCUCGGUGGCGGAUCGGGUACCAAUCCGUGUGCAUCAACACCAGCGCAGGUCAAGGCGGCCGAAACCCCCUUUGUGGUUCUCUUCGGCUCGGUGGACCUCCCCGCCAUCCCUUCCUCCUCAGCGCAGCGCGAAAAGAUCCAGGAAUGCUGGACCUUCGCUCACGCCCCGCUAGACGGCAUCGACGUACCCCUCGACUCCUCUGGGCUCCCUCUCUCCAACUCGCACAACGUGCGCACGUCCUCUCACACCUUCUCUAUGCCACCGCAAGCCUCUCUGAUUCACGGCCUGGCGGGAUACUUUGAGGCCCACCUGUAUGGGGAUGUCCAUCUGAGCAUCCACCCUGAUCCAGCAAGGGGUUCAAGAGACAUGCUGAGUUGGUUCCCCAUCUUCUUCCCGCUCAAGGAGCCGCUCUACGUGCCGGCGGACGGGGAGGUGGAUGUGCAUCUCUGGCGUCUUACAAAGGGCAGACGGGUGUGGUAUGAGUGGAGCUGUGAGGUUUUCCUCAAUCUGCCGCCGACGCCAGGGCAAGGCUCUGCGGCAGCAGGGGCAGGAGGUACGGGGAACAAGAGAGCAUCAGCGAUCCAGUUCUCAGAGCCAGGCAGGGAGUCACCCCUGUUAGGAGCUGGGGAUCCGGGAGCGUUUGCCAAUGCACCACACACCCCGAGGAUGCCCUCCAUCGCUCUACCUGCUGACGGGCCUGGAGGAGGGGGAGGCAGCGUAGAUCGAGCGACGUUCAAUGGCAGUGCGCAAGGACGUAAUACUCCUACGCCUUCAGCUGGAGCGGCAGCGGCCAAGGCGAGGAGGAUCAAGGUCGGGAUGAGCAGUCUGGCUAACCCGUCAGGGAGAAGCUCUUGGGUGGGCAUGUAG